ACUUUUUACUUUCUGUCUUAUUCUUUAAUGGCUCCAUGCUGCUGUUUUAUUAAUGGAUCUUAUUUGACCACUUGCCCUCUCUGGUGGAGCUGCAUUAACAGACAUGUAAACAGCCAUGAAAACAAAGUGUAACCCAGCCAUUUAAAAAUGAUUGUCAGAAGUUUAGUGUAGGCCUGGUCAAGAUAAUGGAGAGUACUUUGUAAACACUUUUUUAGAUAAUUCUGCAAGCCUGUUUCUCUCGGAGUGUCAGUCAUGUCAGAGGAGGGAGAGAUGUCCUAUAAAGAGGCCAUUCAGAAGGCCAGCGCCUCCAUCACUCGCUUCCCUCUCAUACCGGUCAGAGGAGUUCCCCUCAUGAGCUACAUCGCCAACAACUGGGACUCCAUCUGGGCUUUCCGUCCUGACCCCUCAGACCUCCUCAUCGCCACCUACCCCAAAGCAGGGACCACAUGGACCCAGGAGAUAAUUGACCUGCUUCUUCACAACGGAGAUGCUGAGGUCUGCAAACGAGCCCCCACACCCGUCCGCAGUCCUUUCCUAGAGAUCUGCUCCCCCAAACCCAUCCCUUCAGGUCUUGAUCUUCUGAAGAAAAUGGAUCCCCCGAGAGUUAUCAAGACACACCUUCCUUUUCAGUUGGUGCCUCCUGGAUUUUGGGAAAACAAGUGCAAGGCUAUCUACGUGGCACGCAAUGCCAAAGACAACCUGGUGAGCUAUUACUACUUUGAUUGUAUGAAUCUGACCCAGCCUGAGCCAGGGCCCUGGGAGGGCUACAUUCCCAAGUUCAUGCGAGGAGAGUUGUCAUGGGGCUCCUGGUAUGACCAUGUGAAAGGAUACUGGGUGGAGAGAGAGAAGAGGAAUAUCCUUUACCUCUUCUAUGAGGAUAUGAAAGAGAAUCCUCGGCGGGAAGUCGAGCGCAUCAUGAGGUAUCUGGAUUUGUCAGUCUCUGAUGAGGUCAUCAGUCGAAUUGUGGAGCUCACGUCCUUUAAGAACAUGAAGGAGAACCCGAUGGCCAACUACACCUGCGUCCCAGCACCUGUUUUUGAUCAGUCCAUCUCUCCCUUCAUGAGAAAAGGUGAAGUGGGUGAUUGGACAAACCAUUUCACACCUGAGCAAUCAAAGAUGUUUGAUGAAGAUUAUGAAAAGCAAAUGAAGGAAGUCAACAUACCAUUCAGGACCCUCAUCUAAUGGAUUUGGGGUUUUACAAGUUGACGCAGCGCUGCAAAUCGGGGACCAAUGAACUGACACUGUGCAGCUCUCAGAAGACAAAAGUACUGUGAGAAAAUUUGACUCUAGCUAAAAACCAAAACAAACGAUUAAUCAAAAAAGAAAUAUCUGACUCAGUUCUCAUAUCUGGAUUUUAAAUAGUAUAAUCACUGAACCUCAUGAUGUGUAGAUACUGAGGAAACUCAUCCUAAUGUAUGUGUAAAGGAUCAAUAAAAAUG